UGGUAAGGCCGUCCCUAAGGUAGUACCUAUCCACCGAAAAAUAAGUGAUCACGCACCGACUCCGGCCAACUCUUCUCCCGUCUCAUUUCCUUCCACAAAUCGUUGAUCCUUUUGCUACUACCUAUUCCAUUAUUAUGUGAUUGAAUUUCUCCUCCCAUUAGCCUCUCAUUUUCCUGCGACGAGUCAAUUUAACAACAUCCACACAUCUUUCAGCAGCCCAUCAUGCCUCCCGCGAAAUCAUCCCGUAAUCACGACGACAAGGCGGACACACCCAACUCCAAGGAAAAGGGUGGGAAUGGCCAUACCUCAACGAAGAUGCGUCGUAACGCCAGCCAACAGAACCAUUCUCACCUUCGCGAGGUCCAAAAUGCUACGGCCGCUGCUCCCCCUCAACCGCCAGCUGAGCCUUCUCCCCCUAGUCUGCACUGGGCCUCCUUCGACCGAGAUGUCCUCCAUGCCUACCGUCGCGAGCAUCGCCUGAACACACCGAGCUCAUUCUCGAGCCCAUACUGCCAAUGGAUCCUUUCGCAGCCGAAUGGCAUCGGCAUCCAUUCUCCAACGAUGGUUCGACGCCGACAAGCUCGUCGCCAGAGCAAAGACCAGCUGGCACUCGCCGUGCGUAAACAUUUUAAUGGAAUGGGCGUGCAAGAGAACGACGUAAUAGUCGACUUUAUUUACAAGAUUCGUCACGAUCCUAGUCGCAUCUCCAAACCAUACGCGGGAGGCAAGGCCCCGACUUUUGCAAAAUAAGGGCGCUUAUAAGCGAUGGAUUUUACGCAAGGAACGGUUACAUUGGUAUGGAGUUUUGGCGUUUCAACGCAAGCGUUACAGCACUUUUGCUUCCAGCGACCUGCGAAUUUUCUUUUUACAAAGGGCUGCAAAGGCAUACGGGCAUGAUUGCAUUGCGCAUACGGGGAGACUCACGACAUAGACUUGAAUGUCUUGCGCGGAUUCAGAUUACGUCAUAAGGAUACCACUUUAAGCAGAGCCGGAUAAUGGCUUUAAACUAUGUUUCAGGGUACUCUGAUACCCAAAGGUUCAUGAAGGAUUUAAGGACUAUGCGAAUACUAUGGCACUAUUAUUCUCUUAUAUCUGUUUCGUUGUUUUGUUAACUGCGAUUUUUUUUAAAAGUUUGUCAGUCAUUAAAAAUUGGACAUUGGCGUUGCCUGGGAAGUUAUCAUGAUAAGCCAGCAAUUGAUCAUUAGCUCAAAAUCUAACCCCUACUCAAUAAAGAGGACAACCGAGGACAUAAUCACUUGUUCAAAGUCCAUCCUGCACAGAAAAUGACAAAUGAUCUUGCUGACUCACAACCACUCAUGAUCUGUCAAGAAUCACGGCAUUCUAUAGCCUGUUCUCGGCUUCUCAUGCAUGAUAUUGAAUGUUCGGCUAGUCGGGGUACUUUCGGCAUAAGACAGCAGCCGAUAUCUUUGCGAUGAUAUUCGAGUAUUGAGUUUCUUCU